AACGAUAAGUUCGACGAUAUUAACGCACUGGUUUGAGCCCCGGCCUGGAGAUGGCACGCGUUCGCUCCAGCUGCCGAUUGACUUGUGCAAUCAACAGCUGCUGCUCUCUGGGACACGCAGCCGUCGCCGGCCGCUUACGCGUCCGUCGGUGGUGCGUCUCCGACGAGCGACGCGCGCCGCCCAUGUACCUUAAAAAGGUGAGAUGUGGGAGAAGGAAGAACAGUCGAGCGAGGAUGGCGGCGAGCGACGAGUUCCCUGGAGUUGUGGCGGCUGGAGGAGGGGAAGUCCCUGGGAGGCCGCUGACGGUGGGGUCGAAGAUGCUGGACGUUGGAGCGGAGAUGCUGCAGUCCAUGAAGCCGCUCAAGAAGGUGGCGCUGCACGCCUGCACCUUCGCCCUCUACUCCCACGACCUCGCCCGACAGAUCGAGGCCCACCACUACGUCUCCCGCCUCAACAACGAUUUCCUCCAGUGCGCCGUCUACGACUCCGACGACGCCGCCGCCCGCCUCAUUGGCGUGGAGUACAUAGUGUCUGAUCGGAUAUUCGAAAGCUUGCCGGUGGAAGAGCAGAAGCUCUGGCACUCUCAUGCCUAUGAGGUGAAAUCAGGGCUAUGGGUGCAUCCAGGAGUGCCGGAGGCGGUGCAGAGGGCUGAGCUGAAGAAUCUUGCCAAGACAUAUGGUAAAUUUUGGUGCACUUGGCAAACUGAUCGAGGGGACAGGCUUCCGAUGGGGAUGCCGGCGCUGAUGAUGUCGCCGCAAGGGGUGGAGCACGGCAGGGUGAAGGAGGAGCUGGUGGAGAGGAGGGACCGGAGGUACGGGGUGUCGAGGGAGGAGCUGAUGAAGGGGAGAGCGGAGAUGGAGGAGCCGGAGUGGAUCAACCCCAACGCCGACUACUGGAAGAAGUCGGGGAAGGGCUUCGCCGUCGACCACAAGGAGGUGGACAUGGUGUUGAAGCACAUGGGCGCCGCCAGCACCAUGCCGGCGUCGACCGGGGCCCAUCUCACGCCUUGAAAGAUUCGCGUAGGUGGCAGCCGGAGCAGCAGCGAUAGCGGCUGCCGCCCUUUUGUUUUGUUCUUGUCGUCUGCUUCGGCGAAUGUACAUAAAAAGCGUGUACCAUAUCGCGUGCAAUGUGGCUCGAUGCACGUUGUUUUUGCUAUGUAGCUUGUUGCUGAAUGUUUGGUUAAAUAAGGGAUGAUCAUCCGGCGCAAAGCCUUUCGGAGUUCAA